CCCAAAGACCAUACUCUCCUGCCCUGUUGCACUAGCUUUACCAGAAUACACUGUGGGGGUUUUGAUGGCGUCCAUGACGGUUUGGCGCCCACCUUGUGUGACAUCACAAUUAUCUCAGGGGACCAAUACUUCACUGCUGGGCGCCAUUACUAUCCAAGAGCAAAGUAUUGAGACCAUUCUCCAGCCUAAAGGAGGUAGUGUGACGCUGGGCUGUACAUAUACUGUGGACCCUUCAGAAACUGGAAACUUGGACAUUGAGUGGUCCCAGAUGAACCCAGACAGCACAGGUCUGGAUAAAGUUAUUCUCACCUACAUGGACAAUGCUAUCGUGUCAACUGGUCCUCCAAGCCUCAUGAACCGCCUGUCUUUUAACUCUGCGGAUCCCAGCACAGGCGAUGCCUCCAUCACCAUUACCUAUCUGGAUAUCGGAGACUCUAUGACCUUCCAGUGCAAAGUAAAGAAGAACCCCGGGGUGGCCUCGAGAAAAGUUACGUUAGUUGUUCAAGCGGUUCCCUCGAAUCCUCGUUGUUUGAUCGAAGGAGAACAGUACAAAGGAAGUGAUGUCAUUCUGAAGUGCAAAUCAAGUGAGGGGACCCCGCCUCUAAGUUACAAAUGGCAGAAGAUAGCUGGGCCCUCCAACCCAGCCACUCCAGUUCUAAACAUGGCUCCUGUGACUGGAGAUUUACUGAUAAAGAACAUCUCUGACGUAUAUGCCGGGGCGUAUCAGUGUAACGUGGGGAACCGAGUGGGGAGCGGAACUUGUGUGGUUGAGCUAUCUGUAUCCUCAGCUAACCGUACAGGGAUUAUUGUUGGAGCUGUGUUUGGCGCUUUAUUCCUCCUGCUUCUCCUUCUCCUCCUCAUAUGGUGUCUGAUCUGCUGCUGCAACAAGAGACGUUAUGAGAAAGAUCUGGCCAAUGACAUCAGAGAGGAUGUGGCACCCCCACCAAGUAACACCAAUAGCCGUGCCAGCAGUGUCCGGACCGCCGCUGGCUACAGAGCUCACAACAUCAGCUACUCCCUCCGGCGGGUCUACAACGAGGCACCAAUAGACGAACCUCCAGCUUUAUCUGUGGCCAGCAGUGAUGCCUCCAAACCCAAAUAUGACAGCCCCAUUCCCACCCCUGAACCAGUCUUCGUUGUUUUAGACCAAAGCCCGAAACACAAUCCCUAUAAUAUCCAGAGGGUAGGGGGGAUACCGGUGAUGGUACCUGCACAGUCUCGAGAAGGUUUCAUUGUCUGAGUCGGUGAACUUUAUUCUACACAUGAACAUCGCUCUAAUCUCACAUGGGAUCCAUACAUCUAAGAAGGUGUAACACUGUCAUUUUUCCAUUUGUAUAUAUGUAUAAAAGCUUUAGAGAAGAAUAUGCACCAUCAUCUCCUGAUUCAGUCCACCACACGUUCCCAUUUUGGCCUGGACUUAGCACAACGCCCUUUCAUUGGCGCCCUUGUAGGAGAUAAAGGAGGGUGUAAUCCCUUAUCCUAGAUUCACUUUUGCCAACGUUUUGAUGCCUGAAGUGGAGAACUGCGUAAAUGGACACUGUCUAUGAGUAAUGGGGACAACCUCAGACGCGGCCCAUGCACAGAAACAAGGCCCGAAGGGCCGAACACGAUGGUGAGAGGUGUAAGUUGCAGCUGAAGGCCCCAGUGCAGCAUCUGUGAUAGGGCCACCAUGUAUCA